CUUCCUCUGAAAACAACACCACGUGUGUGCAGGGAAUGAAUGAGGAGUUAGCUGUCAGCGCUGUCCACAGGAACAUUUAACGGCUACAAGGACACAACUUACCGUUUACUGACCAGCGUUUGUGUUCGUUUGAAACCCCAGAGAUCGACACUCCUGUAGACGACGACAGUGCCCACCAUGAGUUUUGUGGAGUACUCAGACCUCAUUCAGGACGGAGACGUCGCCAUCGUCUACCUGAACCAUGAAUCCAUGGUGCCAGUCAAGGUGCAGCAAGGCGCCCAAACACAGACUCGUUACGGAGUCAUUCGCCACUCCACAGACCUGAUCGGUCAGCGUUACGGGUCGAAGGUCACUUGCAGCAAAGGCGGGUGGGUUUACGUGCUUCACCCCACAUCUGAGCUAUGGACGGUCACCCUGCCGCACCGCACACAGAUCCUCUACACCACCGACAUCGCCACCAUCACCAUGAUGCUGGAACUGAAGCCGGGGUCCAUCGUCUGCGAGUCAGGUACCGGUAGCGGCUCCCUCUCCCACGCCAUCCUGCGCACCAUCGCCCCCACAGGCCACCUGCACACUGUGGAGUUCCACCAGCAGCGUGCGGAGAAGGCGGCGGAGGAGUUCAAGGAGCACCGCGUGGAUCACCUGGUCACCGUCAGGAACCAGGACGUGUGCAAGGAAGGCUUCGGAGUGACGGGGGUGGCGGACGCCGUCUUCCUGGACAUCCCCAGCCCCUGGGAGGCAGUGCGCCACGCCAAGGCUGCCAUGAAGAAACAAGGAGGUCGAGUGUGUUCGUUCUCUCCAUGUAUCGAGCAGGUCCAGAGGACUUGCGAGGCGUUGGCGGAUCAGGGUUUCGAGGAGAUCAGCACCUUGGAGGUCCUGCUCAGAGUCCACGACGUGCGAACCGUCUCCCUGCCGCUGCCCUACUUCGGCCCCGACCCCUCUGCUGAGACGCAGCCUGACAGCACAGACAAGACGCCUCCGGGCCAGGCCUCCGUCUCCUUGAAGACCACCACCCCGCCCAGAGAAAUACCAGGUCACACAGGGUACCUGACCUUCGCCACCAAACCAAGAACCUAAAGUGAUUUUCCUUUAUUUCACCACCAGUAAACAGGACGUGGUUUAUAAUCCAAGCCUCGCUCCAGUGUAUUUUCCGUGUACAUUAAUAAGACUGAUAAUCCUGCAGUGGCACCAGGCUCCUCCAGGUCCCGACUGGCACCGCAGCACCGAGAGGAUUUACUCUUUGGUGUUACAUAAUUUUGUCCUCCUGUCACUUGGCACCGGUUUGUUGCUUGCAUCAAGCAAGGGUGAGAUCAAGUCGACAGUGAUUUCAUUUAAGGAGAAUGUAAAAGCGUUAUGUCUCCCCUCUUUAUGAAAAAUCACUUUUAAUCAAUGCCUUUAUUUGUUAGGGAAAUAAUUAGUUUUAUUUUUAUUGAUUUUUGCACUU